GUCGAGUUGUGUGCAACCUUAUUUAAGAAUUUCAUUGCUCCACUUUCACUCUCGCCUCCUCCUUCUACGUUCGCCAUUACCUUCCUUUGUCCUUUUCCAUUCUCCUCUCUCCUCCUUUUCUUUUCCAAAACAAAUGAACACGUCCAAUGACAGUGGUGUUCCUGCGGAUUUGCCUGUCGCGACAUACCCAUUCAUUGACUAUAGCCCACAGCAACAACAGCAACAAGCAAGUCAGCAAGAGCAGCAUCGACAAGUGUUACGAAUUGCACGACAGUUGACCCAUCACGAUUCGCUAGAGAAUUUCAACUUUGACAGUAGCAGCAUUGCUCAACAACAGCAAUCAGUAAAAACAAAAGUCGAACCUUUACCGCCAGCAGACGUUUCCGACGGUAUUGCGUCUCCCGCCACCAGCCGGACUACCACCUCACCAGUGCUCUCAGAACACUCGAGCCAUGAUCAGCGGCAGCGUCAACUACAGCGGCGGCAGUCUGGUGGGCGGCAGCGCAACUAUCAUAUGUUCCCUGGCCGUAACAAGUUCUUCUGUGGUGGCAGAUUAAUAACGAGCCGAGAGUAUGGUGCAUUUGCUGUGGCACUCGUUUUAUUGAUCGCCCCUUGCGUUCUUUUUGCUGUUUUUACGUGCCCCUUUCUUUGGUCCGAGGUACAUCCAGCAAUCCCAAUAGUGUUUGGAUACAUGUUUAUCUUGGCGCUGGUGUCAACGAUAAAAACGUCGUGGUCUGAUCCAGGGAUCAUACCACGAGAUUUGGAUGUCAUCGAGGAUGUCAAUAGCAGCACGACGGAUUUAAUGCCCAAAGAGAUUACAAUCAAGGGUAUGAGCUGGACUCUCAAAUAUUGCGACACAUGUCGCAUCUAUCGCCCACCACGCGCAUCCCAUUGUCGACAAUGUGAUAACUGCGUCGAGAAUGAAGAUCACCAUUGCAUAUGGCUCAACAACUGUAUCGGUAAACGAAACUAUCGAUCUUUCUUCGUAUGCAUCACGUCAUCCACCGUUCUUUGUCUGUAUAUUGUUGCCUUCUGCCUAGUCCAUAUGUUGGUCGUGAUUCAGGAUGAUAUGUCGUUUGGAUACAUGUUUAGCCAGGCUCCGGUUAGCUUUGUGCUUGCUAUUGUAUGCUUUUUACUCUUGUUCAUGGUGGGUGGCCUGACACUAUAUCAUUGCUCCCUCAUUAUGCGCGGCGUGACCACGCAUGAACAGUUGCGUGCCCAUAUAAUGAGGGCUAAAGAUAUCCCAAGUAACCCGUACGUAUCCGAAAAUCCAUUCAUCAACAUGUCUCGAGUUCUCUGUCAACCUCAGCCAAAAAGGUAUGUGUGUGUGUUUGCUCAAUUUCAAUCCUCGGAUCUGAAUCUCGGAGGGGAGGAGUAAUACUGAUAAGCAGAUAUUGUCCAUCUUCUUUUAGUUACCUAGGACGUCGAAAAUUUGUAGAUUAGCUGUAGUUGGUACCUUCCGUACUAGUAAUAUAACCUCUUCUCAUACAUACAUACAUACAUAUACUUACUCACACUAAUUGCAGAGCAAUAUAAAGAAAAUAACAGGUCGUUGUAGUAAGUUAAGCUUGUCAUUUUGUGAAAAUAAAUGGCAUUAACAGCCAAUUCGGGCAUUCAAAC